GAUCUGUUGUGAUCGAGUGUCUAUUCAGCCGAGCAAGUACACGAUGAAAAAGCUGGAUUUCAAGUCUAUACUAUUGCAUAUUAAUGGUAUUGUGUUGGCGCGAUGCCUUAACCCCUCCUACUUCUCCAUGGCUAACACGUGAAAGCCGUUACUAUAAAUUUAUCAUAUGCGUGUCCCCUUUGCUGUUUGAUCUCGACACAUUGCAGACAUUUUGCCUCAUUAAUACGCUGAGUCGCUGGCUCCAGCGGUACUGCUCCCCCCAAACUGAUUUUGAUGACCGUGGUCCGAGGGCCGGUCUACCGAGAAGGGGAUGUGAUAUAGCCAGGCGCUCUCCACCGUUCGCCAGUAACUACACGAUCGUCCUGUGCCUCGGACUUACCUGACUGAGAUAGCUAAGAUACAUAUAAACUGGCUUUGAUAGAUCUUAAUAGCAUUACUACAUGUAUGAUACAAAGCGUGGGACUGUACACAGUAUACCGUGUGGCAAUUCAGAAUUUAAAACGAACGGUGUGCCCGCCAGUAAAGGUAUACGUCUAGACUAAGUGUCUCUUACAGCCUUUUUCUCUGUAUACCUGGACGAGAAAAAGGGGCAUUUUACGUGAAAACAACUUAUAUAUACAUAUAUAAAGAAAAUAUUCUGAGAUGAAUUUAUAACAGUGCUUUUUUUUAACUGAGAAGACACCCUACCGAUCGCUAGAUAAGAAAUUAGUGUUUACAGUGGAAUGGACACUGGGAGCAGUCGUGUUGACGGAAAUUGAUGUGACCGCACAAGUAUGGCUUGAUUGUCACCUGAUCAAGUGAUGAAGUUGAGAGCGUGCGCUCGCGCCGUGCUGCGGUGUGUGUUGUACGUAGUUUGUAUAAUCGGCAGGUCGGAAGCGGACCGGGAACAUUGGAACAGUCUACAAGAAAACGAUGUGUUCUCGACAGACGAAAAUGUUGACAAUUCUAUAAAAUUUCACAACAAGGAAAGACCAGUACCUUCAGACGAUCUUCCUGUGUUGCAGCUGAUCGAAAACCCCGAUAAUUCCUUUAAUCCUACAGAACGAGACACCGAUUAUCGUCAGUUACGGCGAUUACUGGGACACCAUUUUGAUAAAAAGUUCAUGUCGACUGUGAGACCUCUAGAAAGUGUUAUACGUCCAAAUGGAACGCUGGAUUUUAAACUUAAAAAAGGUCGACCAAAAGAAAGGCGGCCUAAUUACAUUAAAUUUUUCGGGUCCCCAGUAUUCACAGGAGUUGGUAGUCAGUCUUCGAAACUGCGCGUGAGCAGACGGACUAGGAAGAAAAUCCAGAAAUAUUUGUGGAGUUUUACUCACUGCCCUGUGUUCCAUACAUGGAAAGACUUAGGAGUUCGAUUCUGGCCGCGUUGGAUAAAGGAAGGACAGUGUUAUAAACGAAAAUCGUGUUCCAUUCCCCCGGGAAUGACCUGUCGCCCUAGCGGCUCCACCUCAAAGACAAUUCUUCGAUGGCAUUGUAGAGACUGGCAGAAGAACGCGGUGUGUCGAUGGAUACAUAUUAACUACCCGAUCAUCACGCGAUGUUCGUGCUCUUGUUGACAAGUGGUACGGGAUAUUUACUUUGAAAUGAAGUUUUUCAUAUCGACGAUAUUUAUUUGUUCAUUGUCCAAAUUCAAAAUGGACGUGGAUUUCUAUUAUGAUGUAAUAAGAUGUUUUAAUUUAUUCUCAAUGUGAGCGACUGCCGUUAAAUGGCCGAUACAUAUUUGGCGUUGGCUACACUUCGUGCAAUGGACGUGGGCUCUUCGGAGCGACUUGACGAAUUCCUUAUAUGGCAAUGCACGAUCGUUGUUGACACCAACACAUCUGUUUGUGUUGAUGAACUAUGUUUAUGUAAUUUCACAAGUAUUUCAUUACAAUGGUGUGAUGUACAUCAUUGAAACUCUAAUGUUAUCAUGUUUUGUUAUUAAUUAAUUUAGUAAUCA